AUGGAUGUGAUUUCCUCCGAUUAUAGAAUGACUCUUCCACAUUUGUUUCUAGCUUAUCCAUGGGAUAAAUCCAAUCUGAAAUCAAUGCAAAUAGACUUGAACCAGUUUAAGGAACUGGAUGCCUACGCCUCAAAGGUCAAUGUCAGGAACAGUGCAGAAGAUUUGGUGAGUGUCUUGCUCCAAAAAGCCCACAGUGAUCUGGAGAAAGUCCGAGCCAUCUGGAUAUGGAUUUGUUAUCACAUCGAAUAUGAUACGGAGGCCUACCAUCAUAAAGACAAAAGGCGCUGUGAACCAGCAGAUGUCCUUCUACUGGGAAAGAGUGUUUGUAGUGGAUAUGCUCAGCUCUUCCAACAAAUGUGCAGUAUUGCUGGGGUGCAAUGCAAGCAGCUGUCGGGCUUUUCCAAAGGCUAUUCUUACAAACCAGGAAUGGUCAUUGGUGGAGAGACGGAUCAUGCCUGGAAUGCUGUUUACUUGGAUGGAAGGUGGCACCUAUUGGACAGCACAUGGGGAAGCGGCUAUGUGGAUAACACUUGCAGAAACUUCACUUUCAGAUACAAUGAGUUCUAUUUCCUUACCCAUCCCGCUCUGUUUAUUAAUGCUCACUUCCCAGAAGACAACAAAUGGCAGCUCCUGAAACCAACAAUGACACUACAGCAGUAUGAACGGAAUAUUAAUUAUUCAUCUGACUUUUACACGUUGGGACUGCUUGCAGUAUCUGCAGAAACAGCAGUCAUUGAAACAGAAAAUGGCAAAGCAAUUAUUUUCAUUGAGAGCCGUUCACCAAUGCUCUUCCUGUCUGAGCUUAAUCGGGAACAGAAGCAUUGUUUAAUGAUCCUGAAGAAGAAUGGGAUGAAGCUGGAAGUAUACCCUCCCCAGACAGGAACUCAUCGUUUGGAUAUCUUUACCAGAUUACCCAAGAAGACAGAGAAAGACUACAAACAUGUGUUAGAAUAUUCCCUGAAGUGUAGUUCUGUGGACAAACGCAUCCACUUGCCCAAAAUGCUCAUCCAGCCUGUGGGACCCAGCUGGCUUUCUGAGGAGAAGGGGGUCCUGGAGGCCUUGCCCCUUAGCCCAAUUAUCCACAUGGAAGAUGGCCGCUGCAUUGUUACUUUCACUCAGAGUAAAGAUCUGGGUGUCUUUGCCACCCUGGAUUCCGACUCCAGCACUGUGGCGGAGGAGAUGAGGAGGCGCCACAUCUGGAAAACCUGCCAAGGAAGCCAAGUGGAGCUGAAGAUUCACCUUCCCCAUGCAGGGCACUUUGCGCUUCACAUCUGGGCAAAGAAUGACGCUGACCCAGGUAGCAAUCACUGUGUCCUCAGCUACCUCCUCUCCUGCCCAAACAAGAGCGUGGAGUGGCCACCUUUCCCCAAGUGGUAUAGUGACUGGCAGGAAGGCUGUGAACUUGUGGCUCCCCUUUCUGGGGUGUUGCCUGCCAACCGUGAUGUACAAUUUAAACUCAAGAUACCGAACGUCGCCGGGGUGUCUGUUAAGUGUGGCAAGAUUCAACCACUGACACUCAGUAGAGACGGUUUCUGGGAAGGAACCUGUCACACCUCAGGUGCUGCAAUAGUAUCAGUCAGAGUAUUAAAAUGUGUCAGUGAGUCAACCUUCUGGACGGUGUUGGAAUACAAAGUGGAGAAUCAAUAA